AUGCCGCGCGGCAAAGAGCUUUCGCCUUCAUUACAGUCUCGAAUAUGCAAAUUAAAGAGACAAGGUUAUUCCUACCAUCAAAUUCAGAAGCAGUUUCCCCAUAUUCCCCUUAGAACGAUCAAAACGACGUGCCGCCGCGAGGCACAACGGGGAGAGGAAAAUUUUUCUCUGCCUCGAUCGGGCGCGCCGCGCAAGCUCACAGAAGAGCAACGAGAUCAAAUUUAUAAUGCCGUCACGACCGAUCCACACAUAACUAUGCGAGAUUUACUUGAUUCCGUUAAUAACGCAGUCAAAUUACGGUCUCUUCGAUACCUUUUACGUGAGAUGAACAAGAGAAAAUGGAUGCAGAAAAAACGAGUCGCUCUGACGCCGCUACAGGCUCGCAAGAGGCUCCAAUGGGCCACAACAUAUCAGGGCAUCGAUUGGAGGCGUGUGAAAUGGAGUGACGAGUGCAUGGUGCGCCGCGGUCAGGGCUUAAGACCUAUUUGGACCUUCUUAUCGCCUCGUGAAGCUCUUCGCGUACAAGAUGUGAGGGAGGCAAGGAGGCAAGGCGCCGUUCGGCAGAUGUUCUGGGCUGCCUUCGGUCACGAUUCUCGUACGCCGUUAGUGCCUCUUGUUGGCAACGUCAACGCCAUUGGCAUACAUCAUCUUUAUUCCUACAUCUUGCCUUGGUUUCUCCAAGCCGGCGAUAUCUUCAUGCAUGAUAACGCGUCUGUACACACCGCCCGGAUCGUCAAAGCCCUCCUGGAAGAGCUCCGGGUCGAGCUGAUGACUUGGCCGCCGUAUUCGCCUGAUUUGAACCCUAUAGAGAAUCUGUGGGCGCUGAUGAAGGCAGAGAUAUAUCGGUUACAUCCGGAACUGACUCACGCAGAGGAUACAGUCGCUACGCAACAUGCCCUAGUCUUAGCUGCGAUGGAAGCUUGGGAUAGUCUCCAAGAUACAGUAUUGAAGAACCUUUGCGAUACAAUGCCAAACCGCGUUACAGCUAUAAUUGCCGCAGAGGGUUGGUACACGAAGUAUUGA